UUCUCCCCUUCAUCUCACCUCCAGCCAGCCGGAGCACCUCCUCCUCCUCCUCUUCCUCUUGAAUCCCACGGUCCGCCGGCUCUCGUCCACUUUCUCUCGCUCUCUCUUUCUCUUCAUACCUCUCACUCUCUCCGCUUCCUCUUGUGUCCUCCUGUCAUCCACUUCUCUCCAGACGCAAGAAGCUCCCUGGCUCGUCGCUCUUCCUACAACUACUGAGAAUUCGGAAGCACUCGGGACGAAGACGCUGUCACUGGAGCUGAGAUGGCAAUGAGCAGCAUCCUCAACGCUGAUGACAUCAAGAAGGCUCUGGACGCAUUUGCAGUGGCUGGUUCCUUUGACCACAAGAAGUUUUUCGAGAUAAUGGGUCUGAGGGCGAAGUCUUUCGACGAAGUGAAGAAGGUCUUCCUGGUGCUGGAUGCCGACAACAGCGGCUUCAUAGAGGAAGAGGAGCUCAAAUUCGUCCUGAAGGGUUUCUCCAAAGAUGGGCGGGACCUGACGGACAAGGAAACCAAAGAAUUUUUAAGAGCAGCCGACAAGGACGGUGACGGCAAGAUUGGAGUUGAUGAGUUUGCUGCCCUGGUGAAAGAAUAAACAGUCAACCAGUGUGACUGACAAGCACCCCAAGAUAAACCCCCGAGCCACUGCUACAACCCAGCCCCCCGUCCCGUCCCCCAGUCCCGUCCCCUUCCUCCCCUGCACCCUCUCCUCCCCCCCCCAGCCCGACUCCCAGCCCACCAGACUAAGCCGACUCCUGCUGACCCUCUCUCCUCUUUCUCCCCCUUCUCCCCCUCCUCCCCCACGGUUGUGUUCACUAGAAAUGCAAUGCUGCACCAUAGGAAGUAAGCGGAGGUGAUCCAGGCUCCUCUUUAGAUGUCCCUGCGGCUAAAUUCACCCUAUUUAUUUGACCCUUUUUGUACAAACUGAUCUUGUUUGUGUUCAUGUAGAUACAGGAAUAGACUCUCACCUUUUAAGGCAUGAAGUAGAUAGAGAAUGAUAAAGGAAGACCUCAAUGUCCUUCAGUAUUUCUGAAUGUAGUUUGUUUCUUUUCUUAGCCAACACUUCAUCUCACUUCCCCUCUUUCUUUAUUUCACGUUGUUCUGUCUUUCUUCUUCUCUCUUCCCUUCCUGCAGUCUCUUCCCUCUCUCCCUCCCAAACCACCACAGCCCCUCCGUCUCUCUUUCCAUCCCUUUUCUCCUCUGGUAAUGAGCUGUUGUACAACACGGCAAAAGAAGAAAGAGGUCAAGCUGUGAAAGAAUAAAAUUAAAUGAGAAACAAAAAAAAUAAAAAAAGGCCUUGAGAA